UGAAAAAUAAUUUUCAGCUAGUGUCAUUGCAGUGAGAACUUACUUGUCAAACUGAAGCCGGGUCACAUUGAAGUUGUUAAAGCACAUGUUGAAGCCCUUGUUACUGUGCCGAGGUUUACUGCAACCGCACUUACCACAUUUCAUCUCAAUUGCAAAAAGAUCGGGCAUCGAUUUGCAAGCAACAGCCUUACGACGCACAUUCUGCUCCAAUAUGGACUCUAAUAUUGCUCUGGAUGCAGCCAAGAAGCUAGCGGCACGCGCUGCCGUUGACCAGUGGGUGACCGAAGAGACCAAAGUGGUGGGCAUUGGCAGCGGUUCGACCAUAGUAUUUGUCAUGGAUCGCAUUGCGGAACGCGUGUGGAAAGAGGGCGCCCUCUCCGACAUGAUUUGUGUGCCAUCAUCGUUUCAGGCGCGUAAGCUGAUACUUGAUCAUAAUCUAACAUUGGGCGAUUUGGAUCGCAACUGCCGGAUCGACGUAUAUAUUGAUGGCGCCGACGAGGUCGACAGCGGUAUGGUGCUUAUUAAAGGCGGCGGAGGUUGCCUCAUGCAGGAAAAGAUUGUUGCCUCGUGCGCGAAGAGUGUAAUAAUCAUUGCGGACUACACUAAGAAAUCUCUGCGCCUAGGCGAGCAAUGGUGCAAAGGAAUACCUAUUGAGGUCGCCCCCAUGGCCUAUGUCCCAAUCAAGCUGAAAAUCGAGGAGCUCUUCGGGGGCGAGGCGCAGCUGCGCAUUGCCUUGAAAAAGGCCGGCCCAAUUGUCACCGACAAUGGCAACUUUCUGCUGGACUGGAGAUUUGUUGCCAAACGCGAAUACAAUUGGCACGAGGUAAAUCUGGCAAUAUCCAUGAUACCAGGUGUCUUGGAGACUGGUCUGUUUGUGGACAUGGCAAACAAAUGUUACUUUGGCAUGGCAGAUGGCACUGUCAAGGUGCAGACCAGAUAGAUCUCAUUUGGAAUAGCAGUUUGCAUAAUGCAAUUCACAUGUUCAUAUUAAUACUUCUACACUUUGUUAAAGGGGUAUAUUACAAAAUAAA